CUCUAUAAUCUUUGUCUUUGCUUUGGUAUUUUUCGUUUAUUCCAACAAUAGUCGACUUGAUGACGAAUAUUUUAUUUCUUGCGUUAGGUCAUUAGCUUAGACAAACUAGUCAUUAGGCAAAAUAUGUAUCAAAUGGAUACACCAGAGGCUUUACAAAAUAAACUAUACUUUCUACUGGAACAAUUACAAAAUAUGGCAAGUGACUUGCCUCCAAAAUACCAAAUGAGGUUACCAAUUGAGCUAUUAUCUAGCCUUGCAAACUGUCUUCUUAAUGAUACUAUAUUUGAAAUUGUAAAGGGCCUUUUGGAAAUUCAACAUGUUACUGAACAACAUCUAUAUCAACAAAGGCUGCAAUUCAUAAACAAUAAAAAAAUUGAGGAAGAGGAGAAAUUGAAGGGAUUAAAUCCAGAGCAGAAGGUGGAAGAAUUGAGAAAAAUCAUGAAAAAACAUAAAGAAGAAUUGAAAAUUUUUGACAUGAAUUUGGUUCUACAACUUGAUGAAAAGGUGAAAGAUCAACAACAACUUCUCGAACAAGCAGGGGUUCCAGGAUUUUAUGUUACAGCAAACCCUGUAGAACUGAAGGUACAAAUGUUUCUCUUAGAUUUCAUGCUUCGUUUAAGUAGAAUGAGUAUUCCAAUUUGAUACAGAAAUUAUUCCUUUAUUGAAAAUUACCUCUUUCCAAGGGCUUAUACAAUAUAGUGAAUAAAAGGCAAGUAUUCAUACGUUUUAUCAAGUUUAAGAGAUUAAAACCCGAUUGCACCGACUUAUUCAAGACAAGAUUAAUGUUAAUUCAGUGAUUGCUAUGGUAACUGAAAUCAGAGAAAUAAUCGAGUAUUAUUGUUAAGGUUGCCUUAAAUGAGUCGGUACACAUGGCCGUUAAAGAAAUUUGUUGAAUUUUACAAUGUACUAUUCUCUUAUGAAACGAAAAAUACAGAUCUAUUUUUAUUGUGACUGAAAAACAUUUCUAAACUCCAACUUAGAUCAUUUGAUUUUGUUGAGGUUAUAAUUAUGUUGUAGAAAGUAUUACUUGUGUACAUAGAAUAUAUUAUUAAAGAAUUCAUUUAA